UGCACACCUGCAAUAUGUGCAUAGCAUCCAACCAAAUCAAGCAAAUGCUUGGACAAGUAACUUGAAUCAGCGAGGGGACUCAAGCUUACUUCCGCUUCCCUUCUUUUGUUUGUGUGGCGUUUCAUACAGUUUUCCCGGGGUCAUGAUUUGUGGUGUAGCUCAGCGCUAGCUCAAGCAGUUUGGUCGAUGCUCUCUUUGUCAUUCCCAAUGGCAUUUCUAGCAUUCUUUUUGAAAAGGAGUGUUGGACAUAUAUUCUAAUCUCAACCACACACAGGGAAUGAGCCAUCGAGAGAGUCGUUGUGCAGUGCAGAGUACAAAUACUAGGUGGCGUGAUAUAAUGUCCAGCAUGCGUUGAGAUUCUGAGGUACCCAGGAACUGGCGGGUUUGUAGUUUCCACCCUCUAGCGUUCAGUACUAUAUCGAAAUGAAUUGUCAGUUAGAUGGGACGAUGGGCCAAGGUGUGAUCGACACGGUUUGUGCAAUACCUCCGCUUUGAACAUGGGAUGGUAGCCGUGCGAGACUCUAUCCGUUUACAUAUCCGACGCUUGACCGGGAACUCAUCUUUCCUUUGAUUCUUGCUAUUACGUGAAACACGAUCUGUCUAAGUGAAGAUUAGCAUGAAGUGGCCCAAAGAAACAUUUCAGCGCAUAUAGGCAAAACAAUGUACGCGUUCUUUUGAUUGUGAUUUUACAAUGUUGAUGUAAUACACGCCAGCUUUAAUUACAGCAAAAAGAUAUGACGCCUUCAGCGACCACCUGGAACUCGCCCCAGGAGGGUGGAAAUGGUGCAGUUGUGGAGACGAUAUUAGAGCAGAGCUUCGAAGCUGCUCCGGGGGAGAACGAUGAUGCGCCGGAAGUAAAGGCCUUUAAAGAUAUUUAUUCACAAGCUUUCAAAGAUGGAUAUAUCUCGGGGUAUAGUCAGCCUCAAGCUGCGAAGCAGAUACCGAUAGCAAUCGUUGGAAUGUCAUGCCGUUUACCAGGAAACGUCAGCACUCCAGAUGAGUUCUGGGAGCUCUGUUCGAGGGCUCGAAGUGGCUGGUCAGAAAUACCGAAGGAGAGAUUUGAUACCUCCAGCUUUUAUCAUCCCAACCCCGGAAAGGCGGGUUGUUUUAAUGCGGCUGGUGGGAAUUUUCUCAAGGAAGAUGUAGGGCUUUUCGACGCACCGUUCUUCAGUCUUACUGCCCAAGAAGCUACUUCCAUGGAUCCUCAACAACGAAUCUUACUGGAAUGUACCUUUGAAGCUUUGGAGAGUGCUGGGAUUCCUAAGCAUGAAGUUGUUGGGAAGGAUGUGGGAGUUUUCGUCGGUGGCUCGUUUUCUGAGUAUGAAUCGGCAUCAUUUGUGGACACAGAGAGUAUUCCCAUGUACCAAGCUACAGGUAAGCAAUUCGUUUCCGGCUAAAUUCUACGGCAUCCCACUAAAUAAAUUAGGAUGCGCUUUUGCUAUGCAGUCAAAUCGUAUCUCGCAUUUCUUUGAUCUGCGCGGACCUAGUUUUACCAUGGACACUGCCUGCUCUUCGAGCUUAGUUGCCUUGCAUCAGGCUUGCCAAAGUCUUCGAAACGGCGAAUGCAAAUCAGCUAUUACAGGUGGAUGUCAUCUUAAUAUGCUACCAGAAAAUUGGAUUUCAAUGUCGAAUUCUCGGUGAGCUUUUCAAAACCGUAUUAUCUGUGGGUUCUUACUAACAUUCACAGUUUAUUUUCUGAUGAAGGGAGGUCAUUUUCUUUCGACAGCCGAGGAACUGGUUAUGGACGCGGUGAAGGUUGUGGUCUGAUUGUCUUGAAACCUUUAGAACAAGCUCUAAAGGAUAACGAUAACAUCAGAGCUGUCAUAAGAGGCAGUGGCAUCAACCAAGAUGGUAAGACUCCAGGAAUAACCAUGCCUAAUGGUUCAGCACAAGGUAAGAUCAGAAUAGAUUCCAUUUUGCCAUUCAGAAUACUUACCGGGCUAGAAUCGCUCAUGAAACGGGUUUACGAAAGCGCUGGCAUCGAUCCAAAAGACACCGGCUACGUGGAAGCUCAUGGGACCGGUACUAAGGUCGGAGAUCCUAUAGAAGCUACAGCGUUGUAUAAUGUAUUUGGGGAAGGCAGAAAUGCCAGAAACCCCCUAUUUGUUGGAUCCGUGAAGUCAAAUGUAGGACAUCUUGAAGCUGCUUCUGGUGAGUACUAUUCGGCCGUCAUAAAAUUUUCCAGAAGACUAAGACAAAAAUCACAGGUAUUAUAUCCGUAAUCAAAACAGCCAUGAUGCUUGAGAGAGGCUUCAUUCUGCCUAAUCACGAUUUUAAGACGCCUAAUGAGAACAUACCUUUCUCGAAGUGGCAUUUAAAGGUAUGUAGAGAAUUACCUAUUGGGCUUGAUCAAUGCUGACUUGCGGUAGGUUCCAAUCAGUCAGCGCCCAUGGCCAAGACCAAAGAAGUUUGCCAGUGUAAACAACUUUGGAUUUGGAGGCACAAAUGCACAUGUUGUUUUAGAGCGGGCGCCUUUCAUAACUCCGGUUGAACCGGGAUCUAGCGAGAAAGCGCUACAAAAUAGAAGAUUGAUCACAUUAUCCGCGAACGAUAAAGGUGCGCUGGAGGCACUCAUGAAAAACAUCGGCAUCUACCUGGAACGAAGACCAGAAUUUUUUCAAAAUGGUCUAAUGAGCAAUGUGGCUUACACGCUGGGACAGCGAAGAUCUCUGUAAGUAUUCUUUCCGUUUAUCUAUCAGUCGAAGACGUCUUAUUCGAGCUUGAGUCUAUGAAUCAUGCCCCUCUACUGGAAGAAAAUUAUAGCUUGAGCUGAGUAUUUGAGGAUCUGAAAGUUCAAAUUAUUCUAGAUUCGAUCUGGUAUGAGAAUGAUGGCGGCAUUGGUGCUAAUCCAAUUAUUAUUCAGACUUCAAUGGAGAGUUGCGAUCCCAGCCACAUCAUCCUUUGAGCUUAUUCAAGCACUAAACUCUGGAAAAGUCUUACCAAUGAGAGACAUCGAACCAUUGCGGAUCGGCUUCAUAUUUACUGGACAAGGCGCUCAAUGGAAUGCCAUGGGUCGUGAGCUCUAUGAACAUUAUCCGGUCUUCGCUGCGUCUCUAGAUGCUUGCAACAAAUGCCUGAUUUCAUUCGGGGCACCUUUUUCUCUAAUCACCGAGCUCACUAAAGAUGCCGCAUCCUCGCUUGUCAAUGAAGCCCACAUUAGUCAACCUGCAUGCACAGCAAUACAGCUGGCCUUGACUGAUUUAUUCCGAAGUUGGAACAUAACUCCAGCAGCCGUUGUUGGUCAUUCCAGUGGUGAGAUUGGAGCCGCAUAUGCGGCUGGCAUUCUGCCUCUUGAAUCCUGCAUGGCAAUUGCAUACUAUAGAGGUCUAGCGACGGUCGGAUUAAGGGAGAAUUAUCCCGAUCUCCGAGGAUCAAUGAUGGCCGUUGGGUGUAGUAAGGAAGAGAUCGAACCACUUAUCGAUCAGCUCAAAGCAAAAACGGUUCGUAUAGCCUGCUUCAACAGUCCGUCCAGCUUAACUAUAUCAGGAGAUGAGCCGGCUAUCGACGAACUUCAAGCAUUAAUGGAACAAAAACAAAUGUUUAAUAGGAAGCUUCAGGUUGAUGUGGCCUAUCACUCCCAUCACAUGAGCUUGGUUUCAAAGGACUACCGAAGAUGUCUUCAAUCUCUUGCUCUUCCCAAAAAUACAGAUGUCAAAUUUCAUUCCUCAUUACUUGGCCAGCUUGUAGAAGGAUCAAGUCUUGAGGCCCAGUAUUGGGUCGAUAAUUUGACACAAGCAGUUCGAUUCUCUGAAGCUGUGACGGACAUGUGUGCACAAACUGAUGAAAAUAAAACUGGGGUCAAUAUGCUCAUCGAGCUAGGACCCCAUUCAGCUCUUGCUGGCCCAAUCAAGCAGAUCCUAAAGACUUGCGGGAAGGAUGCAAUGAAGAUUCCUUAUACAUCUGCGCUUGUGAGGAAUAGAGAUGCUGUGGAAACAGCAAUAGACUUAGCAUCAACAUUGUUUACGAAAGGCGCGACCCUUGAGCUCGGCGCCAUUAACAUUACCUCCCCUCUCAAUCCUCCUUCAUUACUGAUCGACCUGCCUCGAUACCCGUGGAAUCAUGCAACAAAGUACUGGCAUGAACCGCGUCUAAUGCAAAAGCACAAAAGCCGAACAGCCCAACGUCAUGAUCUCCUAGGUACAUUGGCUAAUUACUCGAACGAUCUUGAGCCAACUUGGAGAAAUGUUCUCCGAAUUGACGAUGUUCCAUGGCUUCGAGAUCAUAAGAUCCAGUCUCUAACACUUUUUCCUAUGUCUGCUUUUAUUGGAAUAGCAAUAGAAGCGGCAUCGCAAAAAGCAGCAGCUGGUAACAUUCAGUACAGUAAUUUUGAGCUGCGCGAUGUCUUGGUCAGCAAGCCACUUGUGCUUACCGAAGAUCCUAUUGAGAUCACUCUCCAGCUACGUCCUCGUACGCAUGACAAUUCUGCUUCUGAUAUUUGGGACGAAUUCAAAGUUCAUUCGUGGGCCGCGAAUAAAGGAUGGACCUUGCACUGCCAAGGUAUUAUUGCUACGAAACUAGACAAUCAUGACCUUGGAUCCGCAACAAAAUCGACUAUGGCAAAGAUUGGUGAAGAAGCAACAAGUGCCAUCAACAAAUCCGUUUUAUACGACUCACUUUCGAACAUAGGUGUUUCAUAUGGACCAAGUUUCCAAGGUAUGAAUGAAUGCCACGCUUGUGAAAAUGCCUCAAUGGCACAAGUCAUGGUUCCCGACACCAAGCAAGAAAUGCCAAAGGAGCAUCAAGGAGAUAUGAUAAUCCAUCCAGCAUUCCUUGAACAAGUCAUUGAGAUGUACUGGCCAAUCAUUGACGCAGGCCAGAAUGCAAUAGAUACUAUCUAUCUGCCUUCAUCUGUUGGGCAAAUAACAAUUUCGCGAGAAAUCACCAAACUCAUGAGCAAUCCUGGUGCAUCUCUCCAGGCGUUCUGUGAGGGCACUUUCUCAUCUGGCCGUCCGAAACCCGCCACUGUCUCGAUGUUUGCAGUCAAUGAUCAUCCAUCAAAAGAUCCACUCAUUAUAAUACGCGAUUUAACGAUUUCGCCGAUAGUAGAAACAAGUUUAAAUUCGGAGACUGAUGUGCAAAGAGAACUUUGUUACAAAUUAGAUUGGGAGCCUAUACUUCAAGCUUCAAUCUCUGUCGAAGAAAAUGAUGCCUCAAAUGAGACUGCGAAAGUUCCCAUUGCACUAUCUAAUGGCACAACGAAUAGAGUGGAAUGUAAUUAUGAUUCAACCGAACAAAUUGUGAUUGUCCGUGGCAAUUCGGAGGAACAAAAAGAUGUUGCAUCCAAGCUAGCCGACCUUUUUGAGCAUUCGACAGGAAGAAGACCCGACACUGGCAAUCUAUCUGAGAUAGAAACAACAGAAAAGCUCUGUAUAUUUAUUUCGGAGCUCGAUAAACCAUUCUUAUCAACCCUCACGUGUUUCGAAUUUCUUGCUUUACAAAGAGCACUAAUUGGUUCUCGUGGGAUACUUUGGGUCGUCACAGGAGCAUAUGUUAAUUCAUCUGAUCCUACGGCCAAUAUGAUUACUGGUUUAAGCAGAAGUAUUCGCUCUGAGACAAUGCUCAAGUUCGCAAUCUUAGAUUUGGAUCCAGAGAGGCUUCUUGUUGAAAAUAUAACGAACGCUAUAGUCACCGUCUUUAAAGGGGUAUUUGGUACACAGGCUGAUGCGAAUUGCGAACUGGAAUUUGUGGAGAGAAAGGGCGUAUUUCUUACGCCGCGUAUCAUAAAUGACACAGAAAUGAACGAAUACGUCCACAAACAAACAAAAGCUUCCGCCCUAGAGCUAACACCAUUUGGACAAGAAGAUCGGCCACUGAUGAUGGCUAUCACCGUUCCAGGUGCAUUUGAAACCCUCCACUUCAUCGAUGCGUCGCUCGAACGAUUAAUAGAAGAUGAUGAAAUUGAGGUUGAGGUUAAAGCCAUUGGUAUGAAUUCAACAGAUCUCGCUGCUGCCUUAGGUGACACAGAUCCUGAAGGCUUUGGAUGCGAAUGUAGUGGUAUUGUGACUAAGACAGGUAGUCAUGUUACCAAUUUUGCCCAGGGCGAUCGGAUUGCGGGUAUUUCGUUCAGCCAAGGAGUCUAUUCAAGCCGGGUUCUCAUGAAUGCGUCAUUCGCUUUUAAGAUCAAUCACAGUAUAUCCUUCGAGGCCGGCGCAUCAAUGCCUAUGGCAUUUUGCUCUGCAUACUAUGGUUUGAACGAUAUCGGGCGACUGCUCACGGAUGAUACCAUCUUAAUUCAUGGAGGAUCUAGUGCAUUGGGACAAGCAGCCAUUAAUCUCGCUCAAACUAUGGGUGCCAAGCUCUUCGUAACUGUUGGUAGCAUCGAAAAGGGGGAUUUACUAAAAGAAAUGUACGGCUUGUCCGAAAAGGAGAUAAUCGUGAGCCAUAAUGCUUCGCUUGGACCGAACACUCUCCAACAAUCAUACAAAAACAAUUUUGACGUUGUAUUGAAUUGUAUUCCAGCGAAUGCAGAUACGCUGCAGGAGAUUUCUGCGUGCUUAAGCAACUUUGGGCGCUUCAUCAAUCUUAGAAAACAAGAAAAUCAUGCAAUACUUGAAGGUGGAACCAAUAGGAGUUACUCUUCCGUCGACUUGAUAACUCUGGGUAUUGAAAGGCCAAAGAUAUUGAGCAACCUCCUUUCGCGGAUCUCCAGCUUCUUGGUUCAAGGUACCAUCAAGCCCAUCAGUUCGACAAUAUUCCAGAUUUCGGAUAUUGAGACAGCAUUCAAAACAUUGCAAUCUGGAAAAUUCGAUGGAAAACUAGUUAUCGCGCCGAAGCCAGAGGAUUUGGUCAAGGUUAGUAUUACCAAAUAUCUUAUCGUGCAAAACACUAACAAUAUCAUAGGCCACUCCUGCGGAUAAAAGAAACAAGAUACUUCGCCCUGAUGCCACGUACAUACUUAUUGGAGGAACUGGUGGUUUAGGUCGAAGUAUGGCUAGAUGGAUGGUCAGUAAGGGUGCUAAGAACCUUGUUCUUGUAUCAAGAAGUGGUUCCAUUACUGGGAAAGUUAAGGAGUUGGUUGAUGAUCUUGCGGCUGCUGGUGCCAAUAUCAUAAUUCGACGUUGUGAUGUCGCUAAUAGUGACGCGGUAAAUAAUCUUAUCACAAAUGAGCUCACUGAUUUGCCUGAGGUGAGAGGUGUCAUUCAUGGAGCUAUGGUUCUUCGAGUAGGUCAAAUCCCCUCAUAAAUAUCUGGACAUCACUGACUUAAAUAGGAUGUUCUGUUCGAGAAAAUGACACAUGAGGAAUACAGCACAGUCAUUGAAUCCAAAGUUCAAGGUGCCUGGAAUUUCCACAAUGCCCUGAAAUCGCAACAAUUAGAUUUCUUUGUCGCCAUUUCUUCCGCGGCCGGUGCAGUAGGGAAUAGAGGCCAAGUCGCAUAUUCUGCUGCAAAUACAUUUCUAAAUGCAUUCGUGCAGUAUCGCCUUACUCAAGGAUUGCCUGCUUCUUCCUUAGAUCUCACCGCCGUAUCCGACGCCGGCUAUCUCGCGGAAAACGCCGAAGCCGCAGCCGAAGUAAGCAAAAACCUCGGAAGCGACACUAUAUGCGAAGCAGAGGUAUUGGCACUCCUUGGUGCUGCCAUUACCGGUCGCUUAGCGAGUACGUGUAAUAAUCACACCAUAACCGGAAUGCGAAUCACCAACCCACCACCGUUCUGGACUUCUGACGCCAAAUUUAAACAUCUACGACUGGCCCACGAAGCCCUCGCAACCUCCUUGGCUGACUCUCCGUCAGCAAAUAUAUCCUUCAAUACCGGACUUAAAGCCGCUACCACCCUUGAAGAAGCGCAGGAAGUUGUUACGCGGGGAUUAUUACAUAUUUUACCUUCGGUGUUAAUGUUAGAAGCGGAGGAUAUGGAUAUUACACGGAGUCUGUCGAAUUAUGCGUUGGAUUCAUUGGUAGCGAUUGAGGUUAGGAAUUUUAUUGCCAGGGAAUUCGAGGCGAAUUUACAGGUUUUGGAAUUAUUGAGUAGUGGGAGUAUUGAGAUGUUGGCCAGGACGAUUUGUGGGAAGAGUAAAUUGUGUAGUUUUUAGUGGAUAUCUUGGAUGAUGGGUUAUUGGCGUAUAGUGUAUAGUGUAUAGAUGGGUUUGUGACGGGCUGGUUGGGUAGGAAUUGUAAUUUUA